UAAGACCAGCACUAAUCACACCGACGCCCUUCUCUGAUCAUUGGUGGACAAGUUUUUAUUAAAAUAAUAUAUUUGUGUCUCUAUAUAUAUAAAAGAUCGACAACUAUUAUUCAACUCAUAAAAGAUGGCUUCAAAACUAGUAAUAAUAAUUAUUGGGUGGUGGCUAUGGCUGCAGGCACUAAGAGCAAGCCCACAAACCAAGCUGUUGAAAGAAGCAUGCAGCCCGUAUAAUGCCACAGACUUUGCUGAUUUCUUCUCCAAUCUGAACGCCACUCUCUCCGAUCUCGGGGCUCAGAUUCGAGAGGGAGAUAAGUGGUUUGCAACGGCGCAGCAGGCACGGGGAUCAGACCCUGUCUAUGCCAUGGCACAGUGCAGGAACUACCUCUCGAGUGCCGACUGCGCCGCUUGCUUUGCAGCUGCGGAGAAACAAAUCCACAAUUGCUCUGCUGCCAAUGGUGCUCGUAUCAUAUACGAUGGCUGCUUUCUCAGGUACGAGGCCAAUGAGUUCUUCGACCAAGCUACUGUCCAAGGCAACGUAGCAAUAUUCUGUGGUAAGCAAACCAUACCACCCAGUGCCGAGGCCGCGGCCGCAUUCACUUCCACUGUCGACGAUGUCUUAUUAGCUCUUCAAGCCGCGACGCCCAAGAUCAAUGGGUAUUUCGCGGCGGAAAAGAGGCAAGUGCCUGUGAGUGUAGCAGGGGACCGAAACUUGACAGUUUAUGGCGUGGCGCAAUGCGCGCACACAGUGAGUAGAAGUGGCUGCCUUGAUUGCCUGAAAGUGGCCUAUGCCAACCUCCAACAUUGCCUUCCUGACUUGGAUGGUAAGGCCAUCGAUGCAGGCUGUUUUCUAAGGUACUCAAAUGCUUCAUUCUUUGAUGAUAAUCAGACCACCAAUCUAGCUCCCUACUUGAAUGGAAAUAGUUCAAAAAAGAAGGUCAUAAUUGGAGUAGUAAGUGGUGUAGGUGCUCUAGUACUCUUCAUCAUACUUGGAAUUUUCAUUUGGUUUAAAAGAUAUUUCAAAAAGUCACAGCCACUUGCCAGAGGUAACAUUAUUGGAAGUACGGAAUUACAAGGUCCAGUAAAUUUUAAGUACAAUGAUUUGAAACAUGCAACCAAAAAUUUCAGUGAACAAACUAAACUUGGCGAAGGUGGUUUUGGCGAUGUUUACAAGGGGAGUUUGAAGAAUGGAAAAAUCGUAGCAGUGAAAAAACUAGCAAUAGGAAAAACAGAAAGAGGAAAAGCUGAUUUUGAGAGUGAAGUGAGGCUUAUAAGCAAUGUUCAUCACCGGAAUUUGGUGAGACUUCUUGGCUGUUGCAACAGUGGACCACAACUUCUUCUUGUCUACGAAUACAUGCCAAAUAGCAGCCUUGACAGAUUCUUGUUCGGAGAGCAACGAAGUAGAAAUUUAAGUUGGAGUGAAAGACAUAAUAUAAUAAUGGGGACAGCAAGAGGUCUAGCUUACCUACAUGAGGAAUUCCAUGUGUGUAUAAUACAUAGAGACAUUAAAACAAGUAACAUUCUUUUAGAUGAUGAUUUCAACCCUAGAAUUGCUGAUUUUGGUUUGGCAAAGCUUUUGCCUCAAGAUCGAUCUCAUCUCAGCACCAGAUUUGCAGGAACUUUGGGAUAUACAGCACCUGAAUAUGCAAUUCAUGGGCAAUUAUCAGAAAAGGCUGAUACUUAUAGUUAUGGUGUAGUUGUGCUUGAAAUCAUAAGUGGCCAAAAGAGCACUGAGAUUAGAGCAGAGAGUGAUUCAGAUAGCCAAUACCUCCUUCAACGGGCAUGGAAUCUUUAUGAGAAUAAGAAGCACAUAGAAUUGGUGGAUGAAAAAUUGGAGGUGGAUGAGUACGAAAAAGAAACAGUAAAGAAAAUCAUAGAGAUUGCUCUUAUGUGCGUCCAGUCAUCCCCAGCCUUGAGGCCUACAAUGUCUGAAGUUGUAGUUUUGCUAAAAACGAAGAACUACUACUCAUCAUCAUCAUCAUCGAUAAUGGAGGAGUCUCAGCCAUUGACUAGGCCUGUGUUCGUUGACGUUAGUCAAAAGUCACGAGACAAUUCCACCUCUACUGCUUCAUCUACUAUCUCUAAUGCUACUGUAUCCAUAUCUCGAAUUUCAGGUCGUUAAUUGAACAACUUAGUUUCAAUUAAAACUUCUUUUCUAUCAUCUUAAAGAGUAUAAAUAUUUGUGAAUUUGCGUAAUGUUAUGAUAAUAUUUGUGACAUACAAAAACAUUAUAAGUAAGUGUAUUCGUAAAUAUACUACAUAUCAUAAACUUGAAUAGUCUAUCUCCACUCUUUGUAUGAUAUUGUCCUCACAGUUUUGUUGUUCAUCCCUACAUAUCCAUGAUAUUUGGCUAUUUUUAGUCAAUGUGAGACUUUGAUUGCACGCCCAAUAAUUUUUCCCUCAAACAUGGGACUACAUUGCCUCCCCUGAGUUGGCUAGAAUCAGAGCACACUGCCUAAUUGAACACAUUCACGGACAUCCUAAGAGUACACCGAGGCUCAUCACUUUUGUUUGGAAUUUUGAGAAUUCAUUCACACGUGGCUAACUUUGGGACCCAGCUCUGAUGCCACUUUUUGUGUUGAGAUUUUAUGCUCUAAAUAAAAUUCAUUUCAAUAUAAUCAGUUUUACUAAUUAAUGAAAGAUCAGUAUUCAUUUUA